AUGUCAAGUAUUACGGGAAUGAAUUUUGUUUUGACUAAAGGUCAAAUAUUUUUGAAUACUAGUUUAACAGAAGCAUUUUGUAUUGGUAUUGUAGAGGCAGCUUGUUGUGGUUUACUUGUUGUAAGUACAAAAGUUGGAGGUGUUCCCGAAGUAUUACCAAGGAAUAUGAUUAUUUUCGCUAAACCUGAAGAAGAAGAUCUAGUAAAUGUUGUAAUAAAAGCUAUAGAAAUGAUUAGACUCAAAGAAGUCAAUCCAAUAAAAUUUCAUGAUGAAAUAAAAGAAAUGUAUAGUUGGGUAAACAUUGCUGAAAGAACUGAAAAGGUAUGA